UUAGACACGGCGCUAUUUCUGGGCUCUUGUCACAUUGCUCGUCAGCUUCAUAGCGCUGCUGGGCUGGGUCACGCUGCUAGGACUCGCCAUUCACUUGAGCGACACAAAUAAACACAAAGAAAGCGCCUUGAAACGGGUUCAUUUAAAAGGCUUCAUACUCAGCGUCUCUGCUGUAACAUACCUUUGGAAGUUAUCGAGUGUAACGUUCAAUACUUUUCGAGACACACGACGCCUCUGAAACUUUUGCGUGCGUAACGACGUCGGAAGACGAAAUGGGGGAGAAUGAUGUUCAGAUGGAGAGUGCAGAGCAAAUGCAGGAGCCUCACGCUUCAAGCUCGGACAAAAUCGACUUGUCAUUAGAUGACAUUAUCAAGCUAAAUAAGAAGGAACAGAAGGCAAACAGAGCUGCCAACAGAGCUAAAACUAAACGUGCUUCUAACAGGAAUAACGUCUUGAAGAAACUGAACCAGGUUCCACAGCAACAGAGGGGACUCAGACGAGGAGCGCAGCCAUACCAAGGGCCUGGCAGGAUGAGAGGUUUAAGGAAACAAAGAGGAUCCGGGAGGGGCAUGAUGUCGAGAAGGGCUUCACUAAAUAGAGCUGCUGAUGCUGAUGCUGAUGCUGAUGCUGCCACGACUGGAGAACAGUUUGAUCAGACCACAUUCACAACGAGGGGCACAUUCAGAGGACGGGGAAGAGGUAGAGGUAGAGGAGGCGGACUGAGCAGGGGUGCGUUGUCAGCAAGAGGACAAAGGGGUGGAAGACCAUUUGUAUUAGACAGAGCGUUUUUCGCUACCAAAAGUGCUGAGAAACUACAAAAGUACCAAACAAUAAGAAGUCGAAGAACAGCACCAUCUGGCUCCACGCUGACAGUUUCUCUGCCAAAUGCUAAAUCUGCACCUGUCGCUGUGAAGACAUCUAAUCAGGCUAGGAGGGGUGGGGCGGUGUUAAGGGGAAGAUCAUCUAGAGGAGCCGGUACUUCUUCACCGAAGGGGAUUCCUCUGCAAUUUAACUACAAAGCAACUACUAAUCAGACUGCUGUAUACCUUAAUGACCGUUUCACCGACCUGAGGUUAAGAGGGCGAGGACGGGGAAGAGGUGGUGGAAGAGGAAGGGGAGAUGUCGGAGGAGCUGGAGGAAGAGGAAACAUUGUUGGGGGUGGACGAGGUAGAGGACAAGGAAAUAUAGGUGGUGGAAGAGGCAGAGGAAGAGGAAACAUUAUGGGUGGUGGCAGAGGAAGAGGAAACAUGGGUGGUGGAAGAGGAAGAGGAAACAUUAUGGGUGGUGGCAGAGGAAGAGGAGGGGUUGGUGUGACAAGAGGAGGAAGAGGCUUAAGAAGAGGGAGAGGAGCUGAUCGAACAGUAACUCUUCAGUGAUUAAAAUUACAGCCAUUCAAUUUUAUGAAGUAAUAGCGUUUACUAAAAAACAUUUUUAGCAAAAAAAAAAAAAAAAAAAAAAAACAUUUUGGUGCAUUGCUAUUUACUGUAAUAUUUCUGACAGCGGGAUAAGGGUUUUUUUUUCUUGCAAUGUGCUAAAUAAAAGGAAACAUUUUUAUUUUAAAAGAAAAUGUAAAUUAUUUGAUUGUUAUAUGAUGAAGGUUUUUACAUUUUUAGGUUAUGGAAAAAUACAAUUUUGCAAAGUACCUCAGAGGGUAAUAAAGUGCCUCUUCAAAUACAGUGUAAAUACGGUUUUGUAUUCUGACAUUAGAAGAGGUUGCCUAAACUCCGUAGGAAAAACUGUAUCCUAUGCUUUUAAACAAAAUGUAAAAAAUGUAAAUAUCAAAAGCUGUUUACAUUUGAUAUCAUCAUAUCAAUAAACAUCAACCAAUGGA